GGAUUGGUGGGGGUGCGCGCGCCCCUGCGGAGGCGUUCGCGGAUUGGCCGGGCGCCGCGGAGCGGCCGGGGACUGUUGGAGCGGAGAGGCUGAGGCGCUCGGUGUCUGCAGAGCCGGCGGCGGCGCGGGCAGCAGCGGGCGGAGCCGGCCCGUCCUUCCCGCCCCCGGGCAGCCGCGAGACCCCCGGCCGCAGCCCGCAGGAGACGCACUGUCUUUAAAUGUUCAAAGAGGGAACAGAGCCCAGGAAAGUGAAAGUUGCCUUGAGAGAAUUCCCUGUGUAAUUCAGAAUGAUUGAGGAGAGUGGGAAGAGGAGGAGGACAAUGGCAGAGAAGAGACAGCUGUUCAUGGAAAUGAGGGCUCAGAACUUUGAUGUCAUCAGACUUUCAACGUAUCGGACAGCCUGUAAACUGCGGUUUGUACAAAAACGAUGUAAUCUUCAUCUUGUUGAUAUCUGGAAUAUGAUUGAAGCCUUCAGAGAUAAUGGCCUUAACACUUUGGAUCAUAACACAGAGAUCAACGUGUCUCGACUAGAAACAAUCAUUUCAUCUAUCUACUACCAGCUAAACAAACGCCUGCCUUCUACUCACCAAAUCAGUGUAGAGCAAUCCAUCAGCCUUCUCCUCAACUUCAUGAUAGCUGCGUAUGACAGUGAGGGCCAUGGGAAGUUGACGGUAUUUUCAGUGAAAGCUAUGUUAGCGACAAUGUGCGGUGGGAAAAUUCUGGACAAACUAAGAUAUAUUUUCUCCCAAAUAUCAGAUUCAAAUGGACUAAUGAUAUUUACAAAGUUUGAUCAGUUUUUGAAAGAAGUUCUCAAACUUCCAACAGCUGUUUUUGAAGGGCCUUCUUUCGGAUACACCGAACACUCUGUACGGACAUGUUUCCCACAGCAAAAAAAGAUCAUGCUAAACAUGUUUUUAGAUACGUUGAUGGCUGACCCACCUCCUCAGUGCCUUGUGUGGCUGCCUCUCAUGCACAGACUUGCCCAUGUUGAAAAUGUCUUCCAUCCUGUGGAGUGUUCAUAUUGCCGGUGCGAGAGCAUGAUGGGUUUCCGGUACCGAUGCCAGCAGUGCCACAACUACCAGCUCUGUCAAAACUGUUUUUGGCGUGGCCAUGCAAAUGGCCCUCAUAGCAACCAGCAUCAGAUGAAGGAGCAUUCCUCUUGGAAAUCUCCUGCAAAGAAGUUGAGCCAUGCAAUUAGUAAAUCACUCGGUUGCGUACCGAGCAGAGAACCUCCUCGUCCUAUAUUUCCGGAGCAGCCAGAAAAGCCACUUGAUCUUGCACAUAUAGUUCCUCCUCGACCUCUGACUAACAUGAACGACACCAUGGUGACCCACAUGUCCUCUGGAGCACCUACCCCAACAAAAAGGUUACAGUACAACCUGGACACUGCCAGUCGAUUAGCUGAUGAACAUGCCCUGAUAGCAACCUAUGUGAGCCGGCUGCAGACGGGUGCACGCGUCCUGGACAGCCCGAGCAGGCUGGAUGAGGAGCACCGACUGAUCGCCAGAUACGCUGCCAGGCUGGCUGCGGAAGCCGGGAGUGCACCUCGCCCACCGACAGACCUGGGUUUCAACUUCGAUGCCAAUAAACAGCAAAGACAGCUGAUAGCAGAGCUGGAAAACAAAAACAGAGAGAUACUCCAAGAAAUUCAGCGUCUCAGACUGGAGCAUGAGCAAGCCUCCCAGCCCACGCCUGAGAAAGCCCAGCAGAACCCAACUUUGUUGGCCGAACUCAGGCUUCUACGGCAGAGAAAGGAUGAACUAGAACAGAGGAUGUCUGCACUUCAGGAGAGCAGAAGAGAACUGAUGGUGCAGCUUGAAGGGCUGAUGAAACUGCUCAAAGAAGAAGAGCAAAAGCAGGCAGCUCAAGCAGCAGGCUCUGCCCACUCCUCGCCCACCCACGGGGCGGGCCGCCCCAUGCCCAUGCCCGUCCGGUCGACCUCCGCCGGCUCCACCCCGACGCACGUGCCCCAGGACGCCCUCGCCGGUGUCAGGGGGGACGUGCAGGAAGCCUUCGCCCAAGGUGCGAGGAGGAACCUCCGCAAUGAUCUCCUGGUAGCGGCGGAUUCCAUUACAAACACGAUGUCAUCUCUGGUGAAGGAACUCCAUUCAGCAGAGGAAGAAGAUGAAGAAGAAACAGAAAAAAUGCAGAAUGGGAAGGACCGAGGUUAGAUAGAAGACCACAGACUGUACAGUAGUUCAACGGCGCAGGCACGCAGGGGCGCGCAGCGAGCUCGUGUUCGGAAAAACGUCUCCGCGGCCUUGGGAAGAGGCACGUCUCCGCCGAUCCAUCCACCAUCGUGCAACCGUGACAGAUCGCAACCACCUGCCGAUAGACGCAGCCCGCUCCUCGCCGGCUGGAGGGCUUUCUCUGCGGGCGUCCGCCUCUUAGGUUAUUGCAUGUACUAUUUUCCUAAAUGUGUUUACUAACGGUGAUCCGACAAGGCCCCAUCGGACUCAGCAACUUAUGGGAGGUUAAAACCAAGAGGAAAGAUAACACUCCCAGCUCGUGUAAAGCGCACCGGUCUUUUUUUUUUAAUUUCCUACCAAAUGGUGUCAUGAUCGCAUCACACGCUGGUGGUUUCCUCCUGGCUCCUGACCCUCGGUAUGCAUGAAAAACCGGCGUUAGACCCUUCUGCGUUUUUGUGCGUGUAAUGCAAAGGGCGUUAUGAGUACAGAUCCUUCGAAAAGAGCACACCUUCUAAAAAUACCACGCUGUCUAUUACUGUUUGGUUGCCAUAGUGUUUGAUGUUGCGUGUCAUUCAGAGAGUAAAUGACAGGGCAUGUCAAGGGUAGAGGAAUGCAUCACGAGAGGAGGAGCAGCCGUAAUUACGGGCCGCGAAGCCUGGGUGGAUGCCUCCUGGGGGUUCCUGCCUCUACACUUCUCUUCAGACUGUUAAAAAACUUCCCUCUGCAAGCAGGGAAUUCAGGGACGGCCACUGCUAGGCUUAGCUUAGCAUCCGUGCAUUCAUUUUCGAGAGUCACGUUCGGUUUUGUUUAAAAUUCAGAGAAAUAAAAAAGUUGUGUAGUCUGAGGUUAGAAGCUCACCACUCUGGGUCCUUGCUAGGCUCCAGUUUUAUAGCUAUUUAGAAAACAUUGUAAUCAGUUCCAAUCACUAGUGACUUUUUUUUUCUUGGUGCUUAGGAAUGUUAUUUUUAGUGGAAGAAGCUGAGUGCCCUAAUGCAUCUAUAAAUAUUUAUCAAGGGUGAUGAAUGGAAAGGAGUGAUAAACCCUGAAACCAACUCUCAGCUUUUCUUCCUGUCUGAACCGAUAUGCUGCAUUGGUUCUUGGCGGAAAGUGCUCGUUAGGUACCUACAGCCCUUUGGGAGAGAAAAAAUAAACAUACAUGGUGGCCACAGAUUUAGUCGAAUAUAAAUAUUGUGAAUGAGCUGUCAAGAAGGAGAGAGAAGUGAUGAUAACCUGGAUCAGCGUGUUAGCUUUGGGCUGCCAAACGCAGUGCACUUGUGGGGACUUGGACGGUUUCGUGGUCGUCUUGGUAGACUUUCAGUUGAAUCAGCUGAAUUAGUACCAGCAGCUCCCUUGGUUGUGGCUGUGCGGAUCCAGGAUGAGCGUGUUUUGGGAUGCUUAAGAGAGCGUUCAGGACGCACUUGAGAGUGUUUUGCUCAUGGCCGUGCUCAGGGACCUGCUGGUGCAGUGAAGAAGACCGUCGGCGCUUGGAGGUGUUGGGUCUGUGCAACCGUUGGGUCCUUUCCCGUACGGUCGUGGCGGCCCCGCGGGUUUCCCAGCCGGGUGCCCCCGAGGCUGGCCGCAGAUGUCCUCCAGGGUUUGAUGUCUGUAAGCGAAGCCGAAGCUCGUGAGAGCGUCCGUGCAGCAGGCCGUGAGUCUGAAGCGGAGCAGGACUCGGUGGGUGCUAGGAGAGCGCGGGCGGUACGUGACGUGGUGAGCUGGAAGUCUUCCCCUCCUCCCGUUCCCACGUGGAGGUGCAGAAGGACGGGGGUACCUGAGGGGUGCCAGGGCCUGGUGUCCCUGACUGCCCGGACCGGGAUCAGGCCUGGCGCGAGGGCAUGGACACAUCUUCUGGAGCCGUCAGGAACAGCACAGCGUGGCCCAAAACCCAGAUUCACAGCGAAGCGUUGCAUUUGCUCCUCUUUUCUGUUAUUACUCACCCUGUUACUUUCCCUUCUCGCUUUUGCUACCACCAUUCUCCCAACAUGAGGCCGAACCUCCUCCCGCGAGUGUCACCUCCACCACUGCUGCUGGAGGCAGAUGCACGUCCCUGUGGUCCAGCUCCGUCUCAGAUAGGUCAAGAUAGAGCUGCUCAAACGCGAUGGCCAACAGCACAGGGUCUGCAGCAGGUCCCCACCUCCACUGUCACCCGUACGGUUGACCUGGUGUUCAGAGGCAGGAGAUGUGAUGGAAACACCCUUGGGAGGGGAGGAGGCAUCGGUGUGGUCCAGGGAGGGUGUCCCCAAUCCGCAGGGCGAUGCAGGCGGGAAGGAUGCUCAGGAGGUGCCUGUCCGGCCCCCCGGGCAGAGCAGGGCUCUGCUGGAGCAGGUCGCUCAGGGCUUCGUCCCGCUGAGGUCUGCGGCUCGUGCUCGCCGUGGCUCCGUUCCCACCGAGGGCCCUUGAGCAAAGCGGCAGGUCCCCCGGCGCGGCGGAAGCUCUCCCUUCUGCAGAGCGCCCGGCAUCUGCUCUUCGUCCAUAAAACUUGAUGGGAUCCAUGGGGUUUUUACAGACGCCGCCGGGAUACGGGGGGUGUGUGUUAAACGUGACCCCACACGCCAUGGCUCUGCAUUACCUCACCCACCGUGCCAUUUAUUUCAGCCCGCAAAGCGGUUCAGCAGAUGCUUUGUGUUACUGUAAUGAUGGGGCCUGCGGGUUGGUGUCGAGCUACCCCCUAAGCCCAGCUCGUCGGCUUGUACUGGGAGGAUGGCGUGAUUUUAACGGGCUGUCGCUGGAGCAGAACAAAUCUGCGCCACCCUCACGCCGGCGUGGCUUGCAGAGCCCUUUCCCACGGGCACCUUGCAAGUAAAAUGCACCUUGCAAGUAAAACGCACCUUGCAAUUAAAAUGCAUCUGGUAAUUAAAACGCACCUUGCAAGGAGCAGCAGGGAGGAGAGGAGCUGGGGAGCGUUGGUGCAGCUGUCCCCCUCGGCCGGCCGCCUUGGGCGGAGGAGACGCUGGUGCACGUCACCCAGGCCCUUCCUUUGGUGACAUGCCGUGACAUUGUGCAGGGGGAAAAAAACAGCCCCUCGCUUGCUUCUGGUUAAUUUUGGAAACUGCUUAUGAGCUGUUGUUUGCCUUUGGAGCAAUCGCCUUAAGCCCCCGGGAGGAGCACGGCAGGGCGCCCGUGGAGUGUGCAAUGCGUGUGCAGUGCAUGUGUGUGCAUGCAUGUGCGUGCGUGUGCAAUGCAUGUGCAUGUGUGUGCAUGCGUGUGGGGGUGAGUGCAAGGCAGAGAGCGUGUCCCGUGCGCCCGGUGCCGCGCUCAGCCGGAGCUGCUGCAUUCGGCAUCCCUGCCCGGCUCCCACAGGGUCACCUCUCCCCCGCGGCACCGGGAAGCUGCCCGUAAAAAAAACAACAACCCCAGCUAGCCGCCUUCCUUUCAAAUUUGCUUUCUUUUUUUUUUGCAAUGGUUAAUUUUGGUCAGACUGCAGUAGGAACGGUGGCGAGCGAAGGGCGGCGAGGCCGGGGGGCGAGUGCCCGCUAGAAGGAAAAUCCCGGGGACGUGUGCUUUGAUUACGAAUGUAGACCCAAAAUGCAUAUUAGCACACCAGAAAUGCUUAAAAUGCGUUUUUUUUGUGAAACCGCCUCCUUCCUCCGCUCGGCCGUGUUUUUCCAUGGGGUUUAUCCUGCUUUCAGGGUGGGAACGGCCAUUUCCGAGCGGGCGCGUUGCAAACGGCUGCGCCUGGCUGUGUGUUUGGGGAUUUUUUGCAGUUGCCAAAGGCUCCUGGCCGGGGAAACCGGGCGUCGCGUGUGUGCAUACGUGUGCACAUGUGUGCACGCGUGUGCACGCGUGUGCAUGUGCGACCCCGGGUGCAUUCGGCAGCGGGUGCGGGCGUCCGCGUGAGCGCUUCACAACCGAACGCCGCUCGAGCCCCUGUCGGCGUCGGCACCGCGUCUGAUGCAAAGCUGUAAACUGGAAGCCAUGUUCUGUCAUCUGCCAAAUAUUCAAUAAAUUCGUCUUAUCCCUCC